UCUUCAAUCGUCGAAAACUAAAAAAGGAAGAGAAAAAAUGCACCGAAAGUUCCCGAUAUCUUAAGGCGGUGGGAGCCGAUGAAUACGACGCCGUACAUGAAGCAUCCGGCGGAGGAGGAAGAAUAGGUUGAUCAUAACACCUACCACACGCUCCAAAUUGCUGGAGCUCGUAUGGAUGGGAUUGAUAAGAAGGAGGAGAUCGUUGUCAGCUACGAUUUCCAACCCAUUCGCCCCGUCCGCGUCGUAGCUCCUCCAUCCCAGUCCCCCAAUUUCGAUGCCACCCCUGCUCUCGCCGGUAGGGCUUGGAGCUCCGCUUCCGAUCCCAAGCUCAACACCACCACCGUCGCCGCCGCCACUGCUACUAGAAAUUAUGGUUCUUUGUACAGUGAACCUGCAAAAGUCAUGCUAGAGAAGGAUCACGAUGCCUUUGGUUCUCCAAUUGUGUCUGAAAUUGAUAGAACAAUGAAGAAACAUGCAGAUAAUUUGCUACAUGUAUUGGAAGGUGUUAGUGCACGAAUAACACAGCUGGAAAGCAGGACCCGCAACCUUGAGAGUUCCAUUGAUAAUUUGAAGGUGUCUGUUGGAAACAAUCAUGGAAGCACUGAUGGAAGGCUGAGGCAGUUGGAGAAUAUUCUUAGAGAGGUGCAAUUGGGGGUACAGGUGCUGAAGGAUAAGCAAUUAGUACUUGGUGGUGAGCCGGGGCUUGCAAAGCUACAAACAUCCGAGGCAGAGCAACAACCAGAAACCCAGAACACUGUGCAAGUAGAUUCUGUGCAGCAGGCUGCAUCUGUUCCUCAGCAAUGCCAGCAACAUCUUCCUUCUGCUAAUAAUCAACAGGCUGUCCCUGCACUUCCUCCCCCUAACGCUCCUCCUCAACCUUCUCUCCCUCCAAAUCUUCCACCUUCAUUUCAAUUUCCUCCUCAAUUCCUUCAGAACCAGAUCCCCUCUAUUCCUCAGCAUGAGCCUUACUUCUCUCCACCUGGACAAACUCCUGAAGCCCCAAAUCAGCAAUAUCAAUCAUCCCUAACUCAGCAGUCGUAUCCUCCUCCUGCAGCACCACCACAUCAGCAGUUUCAAUCGGGCCCUCAACAGCAGUUCUCUCAACCACCACCCCAGCUGCCUCAGCAGCGCCCAUCUCUUGCACCUGCUAAUCCCCCUCAACUCCAACCUUCAUUAAGCCACCAUGCUGAGGAGGUACCUUAUGCUCCACAGAACUACCCACCUAGCCUUCGCCAGCCACCCAGCGGACCCCCUCCCUCGCAACAAUUUUUUGGGGCACCUUCUCACAUGUAUGAAUCACCAUCUAGCAGAUCCAGUUCAGGUUUUUCUUCUGGAUAUGGCCCACCUUCUGGGCCCACUGAAUCAUACCAUUAUGGUGGAUCUCCUCAGUAUGGUGGCACUUCUGCAGUGAAACCACCACUCUCUUCUGCUGUUGCCCAGAGUGGUGGAACUGGUUACCCACAGCUUCCAACUGCUCGGGUACUACCACAAGCCUUGCCUACCGCAUCGGGGUCUGGUUCUGCGGGAACGGGGAACAGGACUCCUGUCGAUGAUGUGGUUGACAAAGUGAUAAGUAUGGGAUUCCCAAGAGACCACGUGAGGGCAACCGUUCAAAAGCUUACGGAAAAUGGCCAGUCAGUUGACCUGAAUGUAGUGCUGGAUAAGCUUAUGAAUGAAGGGGAAGUUCAGCCCCCAAGAGGUUGGUUUGGUCGAUAGUAGUAGGAUAGGUGUUUUGUUUUCUUCCUUUUUUUUUUUCUUCUCUGUUUUCUUGCGAGCUCUGGUGUGUGAGCGCUUAUCGUAAAUUUCAUUUGUGUAUACUGACAAUAAACGAAAGUGGAUUAUUGUAUUUACAAAAGUUUUGAGAUUUC